AUGACCAUUUCGCUCGAAUCGAAUCCACUCACCCCGGAGCUCAUGCUCUCGCUCCCCCGUCCUUCUUCUGCUGCACUCUCGCCCGACGGAAACUACGCUGUCUUCUCAGUCUCGCGCUACAAUGUCGAUACAAACAAGUCUAUCCGCAACUUACAGCUUGUUAACCUCAAGGAUAACAAUGCUCAUUCUGAUUUGACGCCCCAUACUCCUGAUACUGCCCAUAGCAAUGCUAUUUGGCUCGAUAAUAGCCAUGUCACUUUCAUUUCCAAGGGCCAGCUUUAUGUCAAGGUCGUUGGCUCAAACGCAGAGCCUUACCAAUUGACUAACUUCCCUGUUGAUAUUGCUAAUGUCAAAUUCAAUCGUGCUGCUAAUCUGAUCGCGUUCACAGCUGCUGUCUAUGCUGAUGGAUCGCUUCAAGGAGCUAAGGAUAAGGACGAGCAUGUCAAAUCUUAUAAAAAAGAUACCGCUUUAGCCUUUGACACACUCAUGGUCCGUCACUGGGAUGAAUUUAUUCAGGAAAAAAAGAACAAUAUUUUUGUUGUCAAGGUCAAAAAGGAUAGCGACAAGUUUGUGAAGGAUGGUGAGGCAAUUAACUUGCUGCUCAACACUGGACUUGAAUCGCCUGUCAUUCCUUUUGGAGAUGAGAGCGACUAUGAUAUCUCCCCUGACGGCAAGGAGGUUGUCUUUGUCUCCAAGAUAACGUCUCGAGAUAACGCUUGGCAGACCACGACGCACAUUUACACCGUCCCUACCAGUGGUGGUAUCGCUCCCAAGAAUAUUAACUCAGAUAGUGUAGGAGCAGCCAGUAACCCUGUCUACUCAGCUACAGGUAAAUCUAUCGCCUACUUCCAGAUGCUCAAGCCCCAAUACGAGGCCGACCGCAACCGAAUUGUCGUUUAUACGGCUGGAGAGUCGCGCAUUAUUGCCAAAGACUGGGAUCGAAGCCCUAGUAGCAUCAUUUUUGACAGCAAAGAUGAGAACAUUUAUGUUACUGCUGAGGAUCAUGGACGCAUCAAGAUUUUUCAGAUCAACCUUAAGACCGAGGCUGUGGAAGAAAUCGUCAGCAAGAAUUCCCAGAGUGGGCUGCGCCUCAUUGAUGACCAAACACUGUUCUAUUCUACCUCAUCGUUGACCAGUCCUAUCAACUUCUUUACUGUUGACGUCAGGUCCAAGGCUAUUACACGACGCACUGAUCUUUAUCGCAAGGACCUUGAGAAUGUCUACCUCAGUACUCCUGAAGAUAUUUGGUUCAAGGGUGACCAAGAUAGAGAUGUCCACGGAUUCCUUUUGAAACCCAUUGGUUUUGACAUUAAUAAGAAAUACCCUCUUGCUUUUAUUGUUCAUGGUGGUCCUCAGAGCGCCUUUAAUGACAACUGGAGCACUCGUUGGAAUCCUAAUGUUUUCGCCAACGCCGGCUUUGUUACCGUUUUCUUCAACCCUACCGGAUCAACCGGAUACGGACAGGCAUUCACUGAUGCUAUCAAUAACAACUGGGGAGGCUCUCCUUAUAUUGAUCUGAUAAAGGGACUUGAUCACGUCCUUGAGACCCACCCGUUCAUUGACCAGACUCGUAUUGCUGCCCUUGGAGCAUCUUAUGGUGGAUACAUGAUGAACUGGUUCAAUGGACAUACCGACCGCUUUAACUGCUUGGUCAAUCAUGAUGGGAUCUUUGAUACUAAGAAUGGAUUCUAUACCACCGAGGAGCUUUACUUUCCUGAGCAUGAGUACGGUGGUGUCCCAUGGGACGCCAAUGCCAAGAAAAACUACGAGCGUUGGAACCCUGCAAAUUUUGUUCAGAACUGGAAGACCCCUACUCUCGUUAUCCAUAGUGACAAGGGUGAGUCUUUUUUUUUUUUUUUUUUUUUUUUUUUUUUUUUCUGGGUGUAUAGCCCAUGUUGA